AUGGCGGAGAUUGUGAUAUCAAUCGGGUCAAGGCUUGCAGAAUAUUUGGUGGCUCCAAUUUCAAAAGGAGCUACUUAUUUGUUCUGUUUCAAGCAGUUCAUUGGAGGUGUUGAGAAAGCAAAACAAGAGCUGGAGGAGAAACUAGAAGACGUGAAAAAGCGCAAGGAAGAAGCUGAUCGAAAAACUGAAGAAAUAAUGCCAUCCGUGAAGAAGUGGUUGGACGAUGUGAAUGCAAUCCUAGAAGAGGUGCAAAAGCUGCAACAAGAGCUUGAAGGAGGACGAAACAAGUGUUUUAAUGUGUCGCUCAGAUAUUCUUUAGCAAAACAAAUGGAAAAUAAGGCUAAGCAAAUGACAGAUCUCAAACAAAAUUCCAGCUUUGAGCCAUUUUCCCAACUGAUCCAACUUCCUGGCAUUACUUACUUCUCUUCCAAAGAGUUUAUGGCUUUCAACUCAAGGAUAUCAACUUAUAAUCGUCUUUUGGAGGCAAUUAUAAAUGGCAAAAACAAGAUGGUGGGACUGUAUGGUAUGGCGGGCUCAGGCAAAACCACUUUGGCAACGGAAGUGGGCAAGAAAGUGGCUGAAUUGAAGCUUUUUGACAAGGUCAUCAGGGUAGUUGUUUCUAAACCCCCAAAUAUUCUGAACAUUCAGCAGGAAAUAGCGGGGCAAAUAGGCUUGCCACUUCAAGAGGCAACUCAGCCUACUAAAGCACAAAGGCUAUCAGAAGGAUUGAAAAAUAAGAAGAUUCUUAUAAUCCUGGAUGAUGUGUGGAAGCAUCUAAACCUUGAAGAUAUUGGCAUUCCACUUGUUGAAGGUUGUCAUAUCUUGUUAACAACUCGCCUUCGAGAUGUAUGUGUCUCUAUGGAUUGUGAGCCUAUGAUUGAACUACCUUUGAUAACUAAGGGGGAGGCAUGGGACUUAUUCAAGAAGCAUGUAAACCUAGGCAACGAUCCCUCAAAUAUGUUUGGUGAUGUGGGAGGGAAAAUUGUUGAUGAGUGCAAGGGGUUGCCAAUUGCAAUUGUAGCAGUUGGAACAUCUUUAAAGGGAAAACAUAUUGAAGUAUGGGAAUCAGCAUUAUGGAGACUAAAACACUUCCAACCGUUGAAUGUUGGACAAGGUCUUGCGAGUGCUUAUGCAUGCCUCAAAUUGAGUUAUGAUAGUUUGCCAAGUUCCACAGCCAAGUCGCUUCUCUUAUUAUGCUCUAUGUUCCCUGAAGAUCAUGAAAUUCACAAAGAAGAUUUAAUUCGAUUUGGCAUGAGGACACUUGAGCCGGAGGAGUCUAUUUUCACAAUAGAGGGUGCAAGGAGAGUGAUUUUUGAUGCUCUUGAGAUAUUGUUGGAUUCUUGUUUGUUAAUGAGUAUAGAGAAGGAAGCAUGUGUAAAAAUGCACGACUUAGUUCGAGAUGUAGCCUUGUGGAUUGCAAAGAAGCAAGGUCAGGAGAUUUUGGUGGACAGCAGUGAAGUUUCAAACAUUUUGCUUGGCAAUCGCCAAAAUUUGAAAGAUACAAAAGCACUGUCAUUGUGGAAUCUGGAUGCGGAUUUCAAUCUCUCGGAUCAAUUGCAUUGUUCAACACUAGGGAUUUUGCUACUUCAACCUGAUGGGUUUAUUGAAGAUCUGGGAGCAAUAAAAGCACUCAAAGUCUUGGCACUCAUAGAAUAUGGCUUUGAAUGGGGAUUUAGGAAGGGAUCAUCUGUUUGUUCAAUCCCACAAUCAAUUGUGUCUUUAACAUAUCUUCACACCUUAUGUAUUAGAGGGAAAAAGUUGGGUGAUAUCUCUCUACUGGGUGAACUCAAAACACUGGAGAUUCUUGACUUACGUGGUUCUCUAUUUGAUGAAUUGCCUGUUGGAAUUGUAGAUAUGAAAAUGUUGAAACUUUUGGACAUAUAUGAUUGUCGAAUUGAGAAAAGUCCUAUAGAAGUAAUUGGUAGAUGUGAGCAGCUUGAAGAAUUAUAUUUUUUGGAACACAAAUCUGUCAUCCCACAUAAUUUCUCUCUUUCAAGAUUGAAGAGGUAUGUUCUCUAUGACUCCACAUGUAGUAUAUAUUCGUAUACAUGA